AUGGCUCCUACUGCUGCAGAAAGCGCCUCACCGAUUGGCAUUGCCAAUCUGCCCAACCAGCGACACAAAAUCGUCGCGAAGAGAGGUGCCGCCUUCACCAUCAUGGUUGCUGGCGAGUCCGGCCUCGGCAAGACGACCUUCAUCAACACACUGUUCUCUACGACAAUUAAGAAUUAUGCCGACCACAAGCGUCGCCACCAGAAGCAGGUCGACAAGACUGUGGAGAUUGAGAUCACAAAGGCCGAGCUGGAGGAGAAGUUCUUCAAGGUCCGAUUGACCGUUAUCGAUACCCCGGGCUUCGGCGACUACGUCAACAACCGCGAUUCUUGGAUGCCUAUCAUCGAGUUUUUGGAUGAUCAGCAUGAGUCCUACAUGUUGCAGGAGCAGCAGCCUCGCCGACAGGACAAGAUUGACCUUCGAGUCCAUGCCUGCCUGUACUUCAUCCGCCCUACCGGUCACACUCUGAAGCCCCUCGACAUCGAGGUCAUGAAGCGCCUCUGCUCCAGAGUCAACCUUAUCCCUGUCAUUGCUAAGGCUGAUACCCUGAGCCCUGCCGACUUAGCCAAGUUUAAGGCGAAGAUCCGAGCUGUUAUCGAGGCCCAGAGCAUCAAGAUCUAUCAGCCACCAGUCGAGGAGGACGAUGAGGCUGCCGCUCAGCACGCACGAAGCCUUAUGGGUGCUAUGCCGUUUGCCGUUAUUGGCUCCGAGAAGGAUGUGAAGACUGGUGAUGGCCGCAUUGUCAAGGGCCGUCAGUACUCAUGGGGUGUUGCUGAGGUCGAGAAUGAGGACCACUGCGACUUCAAGAAACUGCGAUCUAUUCUGAUCCGAACUCACAUGCUCGACCUUAUUCACACAACCGAGGAGCUGCACUACGAGGCCUACCGCGCUCAACAAAUGGAGACACGCAAGUUCGGAGAGGCUCGCCCGAGAAAGCUAGACAACCCCAAGUUCAAGGAGGAGGAAGAGGCCCUCCGGAAGCGAUUCACUGAGCAAGUUAAGAUCGAGGAACAGCGAUUCAGGCAAUGGGAGCAGAAGCUCAUCGCAGAGCGUGAUCGCCUCAACAAGGAUCUUGAGCAGACCCAUGCUCAGAUCAAGUCGCUCGAGACAGAGCUUGAGCAGAUGCAGGGCAGCGCGGUCCGCUCCCACGGCCGCCGCUAA